GGAGCCCCAGGAGCCCCAGGAGCCCCGGGGAGACGGCCACCUGUCCGCCUUGGGUUCUAGUUCUGGGCCGGGGUCCGGAGACAGGCUUCGCCCAAGUGACAGGAAGCUCGAACGGUGCUACUGUGCCUCGUGAGGUGCCAGGCCCGAUUGGUACUGCCCCGGGGCCGGCUGCCUUCUCCGCCCUGCCUGGGGGCGGAACCAGAGGAAGGUCAGAACCGGCCGCCCCGCCCCGUCCCUCCCAGUCUCGCUCAGCCGCUCUUUUGGGGGUGGCUCACUAUUAACUUUGACUUCAGCCACGUGCACCUCCAUGGAGGCCUCGCAGGUCCCGGGGGAGAAGAUUAGCAUUCAGGCGGGAGAGACGGCCGGGGAUGGGGACCUGCCGGGGAACGACUGUCUCGAGUGGGACAAGCCCCUCCCGCGCUCCUGGAGGCAGAAGUGCGCGUCCUAUGUGCUGGCCCUGCGGCCCUGGAGCUUCAGUGCCUCACUCACCCCGGUGGCCCUGGGCAGUGCCUUGGCCUAUAGAUCCCAGGGCAUACUGGAUCCCAGGCUGUUGGUGGGUUGUGCCGUGGCAGUUCUGGCUGUACACGGGGCUGGCAAUUUGGUCAACACUUACUAUGACUUUUCUAAGGGCAUUGACCACAAAAAGAGUGAUGACAGGACCCUGGUAGACCGGAUCUUGGAACCCCAGGAUGUUGUCCGGUUUGGAGUCUUCCUCUACACUUUGGGCUGUGUCUGUGCCGCUUGCCUCUACUACUUGUCCCCUCUGAAACUGGAGCAUUUGGCUCUCAUCUACUUUGGAGGCCUGUCUGGCUCUUUUCUCUACACAGGAGGCAUUGGAUUCAAGUACGUGGCUCUGGGGGACCUGGUCAUCCUCAUCACUUUCGGCCCGCUGGCUGUGGUGUUCGCCUACGCCGUUCAAGUGGGGUCGCUGGCGGUCUUCCCGCUGGUCUACGCCAUCCCCCUCGCCCUCAGCACCGAGGCCAUCCUCCACUCCAACAACACCAGGGACAUGGAGUCCGACCGCGCGGCGGGCAUCGUCACCCUGGCCAUCCUCAUCGGCCCCACCCUCUCCUACGUGCUCUACAACACGCUGCUCUUCCUGCCCUACCUGAUCUUCAGCAUCCUGGCCACGCACUGCAGCAUCAGCCUGGCCCUCCCGCUGCUCACCAUCCCCAUGGCCUUUUCCCUUGAGAGACAGUUCCGAAGCCAGACUUUCAACAAACUGCCCCAGAGGACCGCCAAGCUCAACCUCCUGCUGGGGCUCUUCUAUGUCUUUGGCAUCAUUCUGGCGCCAGCGGGCAGUCUGCCCAGACUCUAGGGGACCGAGGAGCUGCUCCGCCACCGCGGGCCCCUGAGAAUGUCCCCUGAGCAGGUAGCGCGUCUCAGGAGAGAAGGCAAUUUGAGGAUGAGGGGCCUAAGGACGGCCUGUGAACUUCCACCUUUUUUAAAUUAUUAAGUUCUUAAAGAUAAUGUUUUUGGUUUUGUUCUGUUUUAUGGUGAAUCUUAACACCACUCUGGUAUCAGCAGGCGAACUGGCUGCUUGGCCCUUGUUUUAUUUACGCUUUCCACUAGAGGGUGCUGUCGGGUCACUUUAAAGUGGACUGGAAGGCCCUAAGACUGGGAAGGAGCCACCUGAGUUGGCCUCCAGUCCUGAAAGGGCGGCAGUAACUGGGCCAAGUGUCCCCCUGUUAUCUUGGUCUUGAAGGAUAUGAUAAUGACUGGUGUCAGGCCGCAGUGAUCUCAAGAGCGCCUGUCUCUGACUCUGAGCGUUUGUGUCCUGAAAUACACUGCCUGAGACAGUCCCUCAUUAACAGCCUAGCGUGGCUCCCGGCUAUUUGCCUAAAUUGUGAUGCGGGGACUUUUGUCCUUCAUCUCUGCUUUCACUUUCCGCCACAGUUCAGGAAGAAUGUCAGAUCACCCUGCAGCAAUACACUCAAACUAGUGACUGGGAAGGAAAAAAACCCACCCCUGGGGCAGCUGAGAAAAUCGCUGUGCUUCGGGGUGGAAGUCGGUCGUUCCCCUUUGUAGAGUCCACUGGGGUCACAGGAGGACUCCCAGCCCUCUCAGCACCGCCUGGACUUGUGCAGACGCUGCCCUCCCUGCCGGCUACAUUCAGCCCACAAGGCCUCUGCGUGCCCCGCCCCCACUGCCCCCCCCCCAGUGCCCCCCAGUGCCUGUUUGUGCGCUUCCCAUCCCUGGACCCUGACCGUUGUGGCAGCAGCUCAGUGUCUGAGUAAGGGACAGCUGCCACUUUGCACGGGGCCACAGGAUGAGCAGACCAGGCCAUCAGCUCCUCCGUGAAGGAAUAAGCCAGUGAAUAGCCAGUCCUGCUCCUGUUCAGACAAACGGUGGGCCCUGCUGGGGAGGGCUUGUGUCUUCCACCGUAAGGGCAGAUGUGCUACACUGGCCCUGUGGCUCCUGGGGGCUUCAGUUGCCCGUGGAAAGGUGGUUUGCACCCAGGAUGGGGGAGUUCCAACACCGAUCAGAGCUGCUUUUCAUUUCAUUGCCUGUGAAGUAUAAUUUCUGGGCUGUGUUUGGUAUAAGACUGAAACACAUUGAGGCAUCGUUAUGUUUUCCUGUAGCUACAAUAGCUGUUCUGACGGCUGUUUCAGGAGCUUGACCUGCAGAAAGUGACAUUCGUUCUUCGUCCUUAAAGUCAGCUAGUUAUGUGAUUUGGCUCCUUGAGUGGGAAUUAGCUUACUUGGACAGAACAUAUCUGCAAAUUGCAGAAGUUCCUGUCGGUGGUCUGUCCGCAGAGUUCUGGAAUCCUCAAGUGGUGGUCGGGGCCCAGUCACGGGGAAACGGCCCUCUCCUCCUGCCUUCCUUCCCAGCACCACUCCUCUUCUCGCCAGGCUUGUGUGUGUUGGUGCUCACUGGGUCCUGCCCUCAGAGACCAGCUUGUCCCACGGGGCUCCCCCUGAGUCGGUACGACCAAGAGCCGUCUGCAGACCAGACCACCUUCGGAAGCACUCCGGUCGGGGUGUCAGCCUCUGCGUUGGGUCCUGGUGCAGAUUUUAACGCAUAUUCUUAUACACAAAUGUUUCUAAAACACCGCACUCGGUGCCAGGUUUUAUACGCAGGUCACCGUAAUUUGUAUCACGUCCCCUGAUUCAAUGACAGUUUUCUUUAGACUUGUUAAUAAAAAACAUUUAUCAGUU